CAGCCAUGCGUUACUGAACGGCAGGAUUUAGUUGCUGGUACCCUUCGAGAGUGGCUAGUAUACUAGCCUGGCGUUGGCUAACCUGUCUUUCUUUCAAUUUUACGGUCGUAUUGAACCUGGUUUUUACUUCAGCAUUUAAGUUCGACAUGGACAACGAUCAACAGUCCAAAGAAAGCACGGAUCUGUCCGACCUGGUUUCUGAGGACGGCAAAAACAGCAAGUCUGUCUUGUGUCAGCGCUGCGGAUGCAAGGUGCUGUGCCCAGGGAUGGCUGUGUUUGCAGAGAAGGAGCUGUUCCUUCCAUCCAUGCGGAAAAAGAGCGGCCUCAGCACAACAGAGGGAUCAGUGGACGGGGACAUUGUGACUGCCCACUGGUUUGUGGAUGACAUGUACACUUUUGAGAAUGUGGGCUUCACUAACGAUGUCGGGAGAAUCAAGUAUCUCAUCUGUGCAGAUUGUGAGAUUGGACCAAUUGGCUGGCACUGUUUGGAUGACAAGAAAUGUUUCUACGUUGCUGUGGAAAGGGUGAAUCAUGCAUAGUGUAAAUGCAUAUCUGAACCCACAAGAACUUUAAAAAAAA